GUAGGAAUCUGUUGUCCAUUAGUAUCAUAAUUCCCUCUCUCUUCAAACGAAAUUUCUCAUAUUAUUAGCUACUCGAUCCCGGGCCGAUCAAAAUCGAAGAAGCUCCUAUACAGCUUCAUCCAGAAUAUUUCAGAACACUGCCAAAAAGAAUCGAAAUUGCUGAUGUUAUAAUCCGAAAAUUAAAAGCGAUAUUCAACGUUCAAUAUAACUUGAACAUACAUAUAAAAUGUGACUAGAUGUCCUGCUCUCGGAUUGUCCCGCCAUAGCUAUCUUGUCAAAUAUGGAUAUCAAACUAUAAAAAUGUCUCAACGAGGAGGAGGAAGAGGAAGAGCAAGCCUUGGACGGGCAACACAAAAGCAGACCAGUUCUACGCAUCAGCAGGAACAGCAGCAACAGCAGCAACUUCCACAUGCCCAGGCAUCUGCGAGCACUGGAGCUGUUCGCAGACCAGGACAACCUGCACAGUCGAGUACUGGACGCGGUCUAAUACAACGUAUUGGUGAAAAAGGUGACAGUGCAACAAUUGCACAAAUAGGCAGAGGUCUGGAGAAACUUAGUAUUCAACCUACUGCUGGUGGUAGUGGAGAUGCUGGUGCUGCUGGCGCUGGUGCUGUAGCUGAUGCUGCAGCUGGUCCUGUAGCUAUUGUGGCAUCUGGUAGAGGAGCAGCUCGUGGCAAAAGAAUCUUACCUGCAGAUAUUUUUGUCACAAAACCGAAUCAUGUAGAGAAUAAGAGAGGCACAUCUGGCACUCACAAAGUAAUAAAAGUAAAUUACUUUAAAGUACUUAAAGCGACUGAUUGGGCUCUUUAUCAAUAUCGUGUUGAUUUUUCGCCUGAAGAAGAUCGCACAAUUGUGCGUAAAGCUUUACUUAAAGUACAUCAAAAGAAAAUCGGUGCAUAUAUCUUUGAUGGCACUGUAAUGUAUACAAGCCGUCGAUUAUCUGAUCAAAUGGUAUUUACUUCAACGCGACAAUCAGAUGAACAACAUAUAACAAUUACUGUUCGUCUUGUUGGUGAUAUGUUAGUAGGAGAUCCUCAUUACAUUCAAUUUUUUAACAUACUUGUGAGAAAAUGUUACGAAGUUUUAGAGCUAAAAUUGGUCGGUCGCCAUUAUUUUGAUCCUGAGAGUAAAAUUAUUUUGCCGGAACACAAAUUAGAAUUGUGGCCAGGAUAUAUAUCAUCUAUUCGUCAACAUGAACGAGAUAUUUUAAUGUGUGUCGAGAUAUCGAAUAAGGUUAUGAGAUUGGAAACUUUGGGAGAUAUCCUGAAUAACUUGUAUCGAGAAGACCGUGGUAGAUUCAGAGAAAAUUUCUGUAAUGCUGUAAUCGGCACUAUAGUUCUUACCGAUUAUAAUAACAAUACAUACCGCAUUGAGGACAUAGAUUUCUCGGCUUCUCCUAGCAGUUCAUUUCCUUUGAAAAACGGCGAAAGUAUAACAUAUAUAGAUUAUUAUAGAAAAAAAUAUGGUAUUAAGAUUCGAAAUUCUGGACAUCCAAUGCUGGUGACGAGAUCCAAAACGAAGGAUCGACAAGCUGGAGAGGGAGAGUGUGUUUAUUUAGUUCCUGAAUUAUGUCGUGCAACAGGUUUGACUGAUUCCAUGAGAGAAAAUUUCAGACUCAUGUCAAGUUUGGCUAUUGAAACACGUCUUCAACCUGGAAAGCGUAUGGAGAAAUUAUUAAGAUUUAAUAAACGGCUUUGUGAAGAUCAUACUAUCAUGCAAGAAUUAUCCGAAUGGAAUUUACAGCUAGAUAACAAGCUGCUUCAAAUUCCUGCGCGGCAAUUACUUAAUGAGAAAAUUUAUUUCGGCGGGGACGUCACUGCCAAUGCCGAACAAGGUGAUUGGACGAGAGCAAUGAUGAACAAAAAAUGUGUAAUUUCUCCAAGAUUGAAAGAGUGGGUCUUUUUAAUUUCGGAAAGGGAUAGAUCUCUCGAACAGAGUUUUAUUUCAACUUUAUUAAAAGUAGCGGCAGGCAUACAGUUUCAAAUUGAUAAACCAAGAUCCGAAUAUAUCCGUGAUGAUAGACCAGGCACAUAUAACGAAAGACUGGAACAAAUUCUCAGCAGACAAAUACCACAGUUGGUAUUUUGCGCGGUAUCAAACAAUCGCAGCGAUCGCUACUCUGCGAUCAAGAAAAAAUGCUGCGUUGACCGACCUGUCCCAUCACAGAUUUGCUUGACAAGAACAAUGACGCACAAAAACAUUAAGUCUAUUGCCACAAAAAUAGCAAUACAGAUGAGUUGUAAAUUGGGUGGGGCACCGUGGUAUGUAGAUAUUCCGUUGGAAGGGCUAAUGAUGAUCGGGUUCGAUGUUUGCCAUGAUACAACAAUGAAGAACAAAGAUUUCGGUGCUACAAUAGCGACUCUGAAUAGGCGUAUGACACAAUACUUCAGCGCGGUAAAUGUGCAUGUAUCCGGUGAGGAAUUAUCGAAUGACCUUUCUGACAACAUUUGCAAGUCUGCACAAGCGUACUACGCGCUAAACAAAACUCUACCGGGGCGCAUUGUGAUUUAUCGCGACGGCGUCGGUGAGGGUCAAAUUCCCCAGGUAAUGGAUCGUGAGGUUACACAGAUUAAAAAGAAACUUGACGGAUUGUACGGUAGUCCAGAUAGAUAUAGAAUGGCUUUCAUAAUAGUCACAAAGCGAUUGAAUACACGUUUCUUUGAGAACAACGAUAAUCCGGAACCGGGCACAAUAGUCGACGAUGUAAUCACAAGUCCAAUCAAAUACGAUUUCUUUAUCGUGUCGCAGAAGGUGCGGCAGGGAACAGUAACACCCACUGCGUAUAGUGUUGUUUACGAUACUUUAGGUAUGGAUCCCGACAAGAUACAACGUCUUACAUACAAGCUGACGCAUAUGUAUUACAAUUGUUCAAAUACCGUUAGAGUACCGGCACCUUGCCACUAUGCUCACAAAUUAGCGUUCCUGGUGAGUAAAUUCAUUCACCGGGAGCCGGAUACGCAGUUACAAAACACAUUAUAUUUUUUAUAA